AUGUCCACCUACAAGCCCACCGAGCACGACGGCCUCAAGCAGGACGGUACCCCCGACAAGCGGGUGUCUUCUGAGCACGGCUUUGGCGGAAGCGACGGACCCGACCCACACGUCGAGGGCGCCAAGGGCGGCAAGGCCUCCGGCUCGACUGACGGCGAGACCUACAAACCUUCUGAGCACGGCGGUCUCAAGAAGGACGGUACCGAGGACAAGCGGACCUCUUCCGAGCACGGCUUCGGCGGAUCUGACGGACCCGACCCGAAGGUUGAGGGUGCCAAGGGCGGCCAAUCCUCUUAA